AUGCAGCUGAAGAAGAGAAAGAAGAAUUUUUAUGAGAAACUGAAGCAAGUAUAUAAUAAGCUGCCAAAGUGUGAUGUCAAAAUUAAACUGGGGUAUUGUAAUGCUAAAGUAGGUAAAGAGAAAGAGAAACAACCAGUGGCAGGUCUUAAUAGUAAACAUAUGGAAUCAAAUAACAAUGGUUGUAAACUGAUUGAAUUUGCUUUUAGCAAAGGACUAGUGAUUAAAGGCGCGUGUUUGCCACGCAAAGACAGUCCCUAUGCAGAUGAUGUAGUACUAAGUGCUAGAAGUACAGAGGCAGUCACAGCACCCUUCAAAGAGUUUGAAGCCGCUGCCAAGAACCUUGGUUUAGAAAUUAGUGAGACAAAAUCUAAGUAUUUCGUAACUGAGAAAGAUAGAAGAAACACAGAUGAUCUGCAGUUAGAAGAAUACAACUUUGAGAGAGCAGAUAGCUUAAUUUAUCUUGGUUCAGAAAUGACACCAGAAAACAAAGUGGAGGCAGAUAUAACAAAUCGAAUUAAGGCUGCCAACAGAUCAUAUAGAGUACUAUGUAUCAUGCUCAAAAGUAAGCACCUACGUAGGCUAGUAAAACUGACACUGUACAAAACAGUGAUCAAACCAGUUCUUAUGUAUGGCAGCAAGGCAUGGGUACUGACGGAGGCUUUGGAGAAGAAACUAAAUAUAUGGGAAAGGAAAGUGCUGAGGAAGGUGAGAUAUGGAAAAUUAUGA